ACAGUAUUAUUAUGUGUAAGCUUGUGUCUUUUUAUUUAAAACAAUUACCGUCAAAUCUGCAUAAAACACAACUACACAAGCUUCUGAAUUAAACCCACUUUCUCAAUUUUUUUUUUUUUUUAAUUUUCUUUUCAAUUUUAAUUUCAGUUCAUUGAUUUCUGAAGCUUUAAACUUAAACUCUGCCCUUGAUGUUAUCCACUCAUUUCUUUCAAACACGAAGCUCACUUUCACAUGCAAAAAUUGGGUAUUCAUGGAAUCCUUUACUGAAUAAUGAAACGACUUGAUUUCCCCACAAACAACUUGUCUUUAAGCAACUUAGAUUUCUUGCUUCGAAAAUGCAUGAAAUGUAAGGCUUUGAGACCGGGGAAGCAAGUUCACGCUCACUUGUUGACUAAAAGCUGUUUAAAUACUAGUGAUUUGGACUCAAAACUUGUGGGUAUGUAUGCGAGUUGUGGGGAUUUGAGAUAUGCCCAUUUGUUGUUUGAUAAAAUUCCCGAACCAACUGUCUUUGCAUUGAAUUGGAUGGUUUCGGGGUCUGCUUUUAAUGGGAAUUUUCGCGAGGCAAUUGGGUAUUUUAAUUUGACUAGAAAUUUGAUUGGUUAUUGUAAUAAGUUUACUUUUUCGUUUGUGUUGAAAGCUUGUGUGGGGUUGCUUGAUUUAAGAAAAGGGAAAGAGGUUCAUGCUUUGGUGAAUGUUAUGGGUUUGGGAAGUGAUGUUUUGGUGGGAAAUGGGUUGGUGGAUAUGUAUAAUAAGUGUGGAGAAAUGUGUAGUGGGCGUAGAGUUUUUGAUAGGAUUGUUUGUAGGGAUGUCGUUUCUUGGACUUCAAUGAUUUGUGGGUAUUGUAAUGUUGGAAAGGUUGAGCAAGCUGUUGUUUUAUUUGAAAGAAUGGAGUUGGAAGGAUUAGAACCGAAUGAGUUCACGUGGAACGCGAUGAUAACGGGGUAUGCUAGGAGAGGUGAUAGCAAUGGAGCAUAUUUGUUCUUCUCUAGAAUGGUUAGAGAAGGUUUGGUUCCUGAUUUGGUCACUUGGAAUGCCAUAAUCUCGGGUUUUGCUCAAAGCCACCGAGCUAAUGAAGCGUUGAAGUUGUUUCGGGAGAUGCUGUUGUCCGGGAUAAAACCUAAUGAUGUGACUGUAACGGGACUGCUUCCUGCUUGUGGGUUGACAAGUUCGAUUCAAAGAGGUAGAGGAAUUCAUGGAUUAAUUUAUAGGAUGGGGCUUGAUUUUAAUGUGUUUAUGGCUAGUGCUCUUAUUGACAUGUACUCAAAAUGUGGCAGUGUGAAAGAUGCUAGGAGAGUAUUUGACAUGAUCCGAGUCAAGAAUGUGGCGUCGUGGAAUGCUAUGAUUGGAUGCUAUGGGAAAAAUUGCAUGGUUGAUUCCUCGAUCGAGCUCUUUGAGCGGAUGCAGGAAGAGGGGAUGCAAUUGAGUGAUAUCACAUUCACUUCUGUUCUUUCUGCAUGCAGUCAUGGUGGCUCAGUUGAGAAAGGUUUGCAGAUUUUUAGGUCCAUGAAAGAGAGAUAUGGAGUUGAGAUUAAUCAAGAGCAUUAUGCUUGUGUUGUUGAUAUGUUGUGUCGUUCAGGGAGGAUGUUAGAGGCUUAUGAAUUGGUGAGAAAUAUGCCAAUAGAAAUCACUGAUUCAAUUGCUGGAGCUUUCUUUAAUGGAUGUCAAAUCCAUGGAAGCAGAGAUUUGGCUACAAUGAUGGCUGAGGAUAUUCUGAAAAUGGACUUGAAUAAGCCAGGAGGUUUAGUCACACUAUCAAAUAUAUAUGCUUCUGAUGGAAAAUGGCAUGAGGUUGAAAAUGUAAGGAAGGUUAUGAAGGGGAAGAAUAUCCACAAGACGCCAGGUUUUAGUUGGGUUCAGAAGCGGGCUGAGUUUGUUGAAGAGGAAAUUAAAAAAGAAAGCAUCAAACUGGAGCUUGGAGAUGACGAGGUCAAAGUGGAAGAAGAUGAAGAAGGAUCUAAAGAUGUAGGAGCUGUUAAAUUUGGGAGCUAAAGUGGUAGCGUUGGUGAUCCUCACUCCUUAAAAGAGCAUUCCAUUUCUGCAGGGUAUUCCCUUUUUAUUUCUUCACUCGAAACAAAUUUUCCCCCAAUAGAAGGAAUUGUGUCAUAAAUAAUGUCUUAGGCUUUUCAAGGGGGCACAGAGUUGCUCUAUUCAACAUCCAAAAUUAUACUUCAUUUUUCAUUUAUAUUUAUGACCAUUGUAUAUUUGAUUUUGAUCUUAUAAAUGGAUUAGUUUUUCCGAAGGGAAUUGGUGGUGUACGAAAUUACAUUAUUGAUAACAUAUUUAUGUACGUAUUUCCUUAAAGAUUAAAAUUGAA